GGCCUCCUCUCCAAAAACCAGACCCUGUAAACACUCCAUCACACAUCAAGCUUUCUCUCUCUAAAUAUAUAUAUAUAUAUAUAUAUAUAUACACACACACAUAUGAAACCCUUUAUGAUUCAUGUGUCCUCGAUACAUGUUUAACGUGAUUGAACCGAUACGCUCCCUUUAAUCAAUCCAUUCUCUCUCUAAAGUCAACAUGCAGUUGAUCUAUCGAUUCUAUUUCUUUAUAUGAAUAAUUUCUUUCAUUGUUCAUCAUAAAAGCUAUUGACUUCUUUUUUCUACAAGAGUUUUUGAGGAAAAAUGAAGAACAACGAAGAGCAAUCUCGAUCUCUGUUUGGUAUUUCUCUCUCUGAUCGUCCAAAAUGGCAGCAAUUUCUCAUUUGUUCUUCUGGGUUUUUCUUUGGGUAUCUCGUUAAUGGUGUUUGUGAGGAAUAUGUAUAUAAUCGGCUUAAAUUCAGUUAUGGCUGGUAUUUUACAUUCAUUCAAGGAUGGGUUUACCUUGUUUUGAUUUACUUGCAAGGGUUCACCACGAAGCAAAUGGUGAAUCCGUGGAAGACUUACGUGAAGCUCUCGGCUGUACUCAUGGGUUCUCAUGGACUCACCAAAGGGUCUUUGGCUUUCCUCAAUUACCCUGCUCAACUCAUGUUUAAAUCCACCAAGGUGCUUCCUGUGAUGGUCAUGGGAGCAUUUAUUCCUGGUUUAAGACGAAAAUAUCCUCCUCAUGAAUACGUCUCUGCACUACUUCUGGUAGCGGGUCUAAUUCUAUUCACACUGGCGGAUGCAAACACUUCGCCAAAUUUCAGCAUUAUUGGUGUCGUUAUGGUUUCUGGUGCUCUGAUCAUGGAUUCAUUCCUUGGGAACUUUCAAGAAGCUAUCUUCACCAUGAAUCCCGAUACAACGCAGAUGGAGAUGCUGUUUUGCUCAACUGUUGUGGGUUUGCCCUUUUUGAUUCCUCCAAUGCUUUUGACAGGGGAAUUAUUCAAAGCUUGGAGUUCUUGUUCUCAGCAUCCUUAUGUCUAUGGUGUAUUGGUGUUUGAAGCAAUGGCAACGUUUAUCGGUCAAGUCUCGGUCCUUUCGCUCAUUGCCAUAUUUGGAGCCGCGACCACCGCCAUGAUAACAACGGCGAGAAAGGCGGUGACUUUGUUGCUAUCGUACUUGAUCUUCACAAAACCGUUAACGGAGCAACAUGGGACCGGUUUGAUUCUGAUAUCGAUGGGGAUCGUGUUGAAGAUGAUCCCGGAGAACAAACCGGCUCCACGAGUGGUUCCGAAGGUCGAAAACCGAAGGAAUGAAGAGGAAGAAGAAAGAAGAAGUUUGGUGUAAAAGAUUUGAUUGGAAGUAGGAGAAUUUAUUGGAGAUGGUUUGUGGGCAUAAACAAAUGAUAAUUACAAAGUCCACAACAAUAAUUAUAUUUGAUUAUUUUUGUUUAAUUUCAUUGUUUUUAUAAAUCUUUAAAUUAAAAAAAAUGUAUAUAUAAACACAAGAAAUGUAUUUGAA